CUCCCGCACAAAAACCAAAAAAACUUUUAUGUUUCCUUCAAUCCAAGCCAAGAAAAGAGAAAUUUCCUUUUUCUAUCAUAGCUGUAGCUGCAGAAUCUACUGAUCCAGCUGAAUCUGAUCCAGAAAUUGUUGAUUUAGUUUUUGAAAGAAAGCGGAAUGGGGGACAACAAGGAGGAAGAAUGGUGGACUGGGAGUGAGACCGGGGAUUUGACAUCGGAGGAUGAAGGGACGGAAGAUUACCAGCGAGGCGGUUAUCACGCCGUUAGAAUCGGUGACACUUUCAAGAAUGGUCGUUACGUUGUACAAAGCAAGCUCGGUUGGGGUCAUUUCUCCACCGUUUGGCUCGCUUGGGACACUCAGCGCUCCUGUUAUGUAGCUUUGAAAGUACAAAAAAGUGCACAGCAUUACACUGAGGCAGCGAUGGAUGAGAUAACAAUCUUGCAACAGAUUGCUGAUGGGGAUAAAGAGGAUAAAAAAUGUGUAGUGAAGCUUUUGGAUCAUUUUAAGCUUUCGGGUCCGAAUGGACAGCAUGUUUGUAUGGUGUUUGAGUACUUGGGAGAUAAUCUUUUGACUCUCAUCAAGUACUCUGAUUAUCGUGGCAUGCCCAUUCAUAUGGUUAAGGAGAUAUGUUUCCAUAUUCUAGUGGGCUUGGAUUACCUGCAUAAAGAGCUUUCUAUUAUACACACUGAUCUGAAGCCGGAAAAUAUUUUAUUGUUGUCGAUGAUAGAUCCAUUUAAGGACCCAAGAGAGUCGGGUGCUCCUCUCAUCCUUCCGAAUAUUAAGGACAAAACAGUGCCGUCUACUAAUGGGGAUUUGAAUAGAAUUCAGAAGAAAAAGUUUAGGAUAAAGGCUAAACGAGUGACUCAGGGAUGUGUGGAGAAGGAAGUUACUGCAGAAGCUGAUUUGGAUCCCGAAACAUCUGGUGCAGCAAAAUCAUCUUCUAUUGUGGGUUCUGUUGAAUGCCCCACUAGUUCCGGCAAUGUCAAUAGAGUCUCUGAUGCUGAUUGUACCAAGGAUUCUGGUCAAGAAAGUCAAGGUAAUAAGAGAGGAAGUCGCUCCACAAGGAAGAAGCUGUUGGCAUCAGUUGAGUUAAAGUGCAAAUUGGUCGACUUUGGGAAUGCAUGUUGGACAUAUAAACAAUUUACGAAUGAUAUUCAGACAAGACAAUAUAGGUGUCCUGAGGUGAUUCUGGGAUCCAAGUAUUCUACUUCAGCAGACCUUUGGUCAUUUGCUUGCAUUUGUUUUGAGCUUGCAACGGGUGAUGUACUCUUUGAUCCCCAUAGUGGCGACAACUUUGACAGAGACGAGGACCACUUAGCUUUGAUGAUGGAACUUCUAGGAAUGAUGCCACGGAAGAUUGCCUUGGGUGGCCGUUAUUCACGGGACUUCUUUAAUCGGUACGGUGAUUUGAGGCACAUACGAAGAUUGCGUUUCUGGCCCUUGAAUAAGGUACUUGUUGAGAAGUACGAAUUCAGCGAACAAGAUGCAAAUGAAAUGACCGACUUCCUGGUUCCCAUCCUUGAUUUUGUACCUGAGAAUCGUCCCACUGCUGCUCAAUGCCUUCUACAUCCAUGGAUCAAUGCAGGGCCCCGACUUUUAGAGUCAUCAAGGUCAUCAUCAUCGCGAAACCGAGUUGCUGAUACGAAUGACUCUGAGAAAAAGAAGACAGAGAUGGAUGAGAGAGAGGCAAUGGAGGUUGGAAUGGGGAAGAUUGCCAUCAGUGCAGAUUCUAAAGCUGCCAAAGAUCUCAUGUCCACAUCGAAAUCUGUCAUGGCGAUGGCUACUUCUAGGUAGGACUCACCUACGGUACUAGAAGCUUCUUUCAAUUUUCUGCAUAGACUGGUUUUGUGCUGAAAUUUAUGUGGACAUGUAAUUCUUUAAUAACAUU